AUGGACUUCGCUCCCUACCAGUCCUCCCCGCCGGAGCGCGAAAGAGCUCUCUCCCCUCCUCUAGCCUCGCCGCGCGCCUCGGCCGACUUUCGAAGACCAUUCUCGCCAUACAAUCAGCCCUCGCCGCCGCCUCUGCAGCACCCACAGCCACAGCGUUCAUGGCAACCGAGUCUGCCAGGGGCAUACCCGACAGCGGAUGCACACAGAGAGGGCGUGAGCGAGUUUGACACGAGCUUAGGAAUCCGUCUGGACUACGAGGCGGCUCUGGCGUACCUGGCUUUCCCGCCGCUGGGCGCCAUUCUGUUAUUGAUUGGGGAGCGGAACAGCGAUUAUGUGAGGUUUCAUGCAUGGCAGUCCGCACUUCUCUUCACGGCGGUCAUGAUCUUCCACUUGGUUUUCCUCUCGUGGUCAGCAUUCCUUAGCUGGUUCUUCUUCAUCGGCGACCUCUUCGUGAUGGUUUGGUUGGCGCUGAGGGCAUACCAAGAUGCGGAUACGCUGGACAGAUUCGAAGUCCCCAUCAUCGGGGCUCUGGCCAGUCGGAUUCUGGAUGACGAAUGA